UUGCUGUGUUUUGCCUUACAAGAAUAACUUUCUGUUAUUAUUUAUUUUAGUGACAACUUACUUUUGAGACUAGUGUGGAUAUAAAAAGGCAAUCGUGGUAAGAUUAGACCCUAUUUUCUAACUAUUUUUACCUUGUUUAGAAUCGGUGAUUGAGUUCCCACACCAACCAAAUUUAGAUUUUGUGCUAGCAGUUUGCUUCUUCGUGGUUAUUGUGAUCUGCCCUAGCUGAAGAUUUUGUCAUUGCAUAAAUUAAACAUUUUGAAAUGUGGAGAAAUGUAUUAUCAUAUCCAAGAAUAUUUUUGCGAAAUUUACAUAAUAGUAGUACUGUAGAUGCCACUGAAUUACAGCAUUUUAAGCAGUUUACUGCAGAAUGGUGGAACGAAUCGGGAUAUUUAAAAGCUCUUCAUGCUAUGAACAAAUUACGAAUACCAUUUAUUCGAGAUGGUAUAAUAAAUUCUUCAGUUAUGUCACAGGAACAAAUAAACAUGUCAUUACCUGUAAGGGGACUCUCAAUUCUAGAUGUUGGUUGUGGUGGUGGAAUAUUAUCAGAACCUUUAGCUCGAAUAGGCGCUAAUGUAACCGGGCUCGAUGCCAAUUCAGAUUUAAUCGAAAAAGCAAGGUUUCAUUCAAAAAAUGAAAACUUAAUCUUAAAAUAUAUUUGUUCAUCUAUUGAGGAAUAUGCUGUUGAGAAUAUAGAAAAUCAUGACGCUAUCGUUGCGUCAGAAAUUCUUGAACACGUUACCAAGAAAGAGGAAUUUUUAAAACUUUGUGUCGAGUGUUUGAAACCUGGAGGAUCCAUUUUUAUCACAACCAUUAAUAAAACCUUAAUUGCAAAUGUUUUUGGAGUGGUUAUAGCAGAGAGCUUUUUCAAACUUUUACCUGAAGGAACGCAUCAACACGAUAAGUUUAUAGAGCCUCAUAAGUUAGAAAGGAUAUUAGAAGAACUUGGCUGUAAAACGAUACUUACACACGGCAUUUUUUAUAAUGUUUUAACAAAUGAAUGGCGCUGGUGUUCCGACGACUCCAUUAAUUAUGCUUUACAUGCUGUUAAACUGAAAUAAUUGUAUCUCACUGAAACAAUAAAAGUUCCCAACAGUUAAUGUUUAUUAUUUUUAAUAUCAUCGUAGUGACAAUAAAAGCAAUAAAAACACUCUCAGGUUCUUCUUUCAUUAGCAUUCACUCUUUAGUUUGCCAUGUUUUUGACUUUCUUUUGAGGGUUUCAACAAACUUAUUUGGGUUAUAAAAAAAGUUUUGCUU